CGGUAAGAUAAGCAAAAGUUGAGAGCUUCUCUCUCCUGGGAAAAUCUAUCGCCCAGCUCUUUUGCGCUAUGGAACUUACGGUUGGUUCGAUUCUUCACUUAUGAUUGAAUUUCUUGGUGUUUCUAGGUCGGAUUUCUCCUCUAGUUCCAAUUCUAUGCUUGGAUUUGGAAUUACAAUGAUGAUUGACGGCCAGAAAACCCAGAUUUGAACUAUUGCAGUGCGUCUAAUUACUGUUCACGCUACGACGGAUUUUAGUUCGAUUUGAGUUUUUCUUUCAUGUCUUUUGGAUGAUUCUGAGUCGAAAUCCACAUCUGACUGCAUUUCCGACCUUGGAUAUGUUCUUGGAAUGAUGAUUUUUGAACAGAAAAUUCAGUAACGAACUGGUACAGGGCUUUGUGUGAUUUGUAUCUGUUUGUUGUUUUUCUGUAAUUGGAGUGUUGUUUGGGCUCGCCGUCUGGUGGUGUAGCGUUGUAACCUUUUUGUGGAAGUUGAGGGGAGCUGACUCUACGGCUGGGGUUUCCUCAACAUAAAGUUGUGCUAUUCUUUGAGCCACAGCUUCUGACCAUGGCGAGGAAAAAACAGGGUGGGGCUGCGGUCUCCUCAACAAAGACCAGGUCUUCCCAAAGGUUUGCGCUUUUUCAAGGAACAGAUGAGGAAUUUCCAGAGCUUAUUUCUGCUGUCAAUAGGCCUGGGAUUGAACCUGCUACUAUUGAUGUUCCUGUGCUACAAGCUGAAGAAAUUGGAAUUCCAACAGAGCUUCCUGGGAUUCUGGCAGUUCAAGAUGUGGGAAAUACUUUGAAGGUUGACAAAACUCUAGCUGUAGAAACUGCUGGGAAUCUGCCAGCAGGUAGUGUGAUGCUGAAAACAAGUGCUUCAAGUACUACUGCUGCUAGGAAACCUGGGCAUCAAACUGCUGCAAAUUUGGCAGGUCCUAUGAAUGCUACAGGUACUGCUAAGGCAGUUACUCCUGCUGUGGGUAAGGCUCAAUCUGAGAGUGAAAAGGCAGCCAAAGGUGGAGUUAUUGCUGCGGGUAAUCCUGCUGCAGCAGUAAAUGAAGGCCAAAUAAUUGCAGGUGCAAAAUCAACUGCAAAGGCAGCAACUUCCUCACCUUGGAAUGCUUUGUUUAAAGACAACCGCGAUCCCAGGUGUGGUAUAAAAUUGAGAUAUAUCCCUCCCAAAGGAGAAACUUUAGAUUUUGGGGAUCGGGUGCUACCAUCCAUGGUUGAAAUGUGGGGUUUUUGCCUAGUUGGACACUUCGCCGGGAAUUUCCCCGGACUCAAAGCGGUGCAUGACCUUAAAGCUAAAUGGGGUGUUAAAUGCCUUGUGAGGUCCCACAAAAAGGGUUGGUUGAUCUUUAAAUUUCAAAGUGAGGAGGAUAGAUCAAAGGUACUUCAAGGAGGACCGUAUACUGUGUUUGGAAAACUAAUAAUGCUCAAGGUACUUUCGGAAAAUUUUUCGUUUGAGGAUGAAGAAUUUCUAAAAGUACCAAUUUGGGUUAAGUUCCAUGAUUUAACUUUGCAAUUAUGGAAUGACGAUGCCAUGAGUGAGGUGGCUUCCAUGGUUGGGAUUCCAAUAACAACGGAUAAAAUCACCCAAGAAAGGAUUAACAACGACUAUGCUAGAGUGUUGAUAGAGGUUGACGUCUCGAAGCCACCACCACUCUCGUUUCCUAUACGACUACCUUCACAAAAGGUAUUCAAGCAAAGUGUGGUUUAUGAAACUUUUCCUAGUUAUUGUUUUCAUUGCAAGGAAUUUGGGCAUCACCCGUUCAUUUGUAAGAAGUUAUCAAAAUGUGGGGUUGGGGUAAACAAGGAGAAGGAAAAACUUGAUGUGGUAGGGGUUGUAAGUGAUGUAGCAAAAUCUGCUCGGCCAGAAUCUACCCGGAGGCAAAGCCCGACCGGGCUGCUUCCUUGCCCGACUGGGUCACAGCCUGCCCAGGGGGGAGACCCGACCGGGCCAUCUCCUCACCCGACCGGGCUUAAGCAGCAGGCUGCUCCCCGUGUUCCAGCAGAUAAUGCAGGUAUUUUUUCUGAAGAUGGAAAAGAUUCUUUGGGUGGUGUUGAGAGGAUAGUCUUGGAUAAAAAAUAUGUGAAGCUAGAUGAUGUUGUUAUAAAAUGUGAAGUGAUAAACGGCAAGACACUCAAGUUGUGUGUCAAACCUUUUAAAUCCGUGCAUACUAAUGUGAUUCGAGUGGACAACCUCCUUCGACUUACGGAUGAUUUGGAUAAGAAGGGUCUCACUUUUACCGUUGAAUGUCUUGAGGGCUUGCCGGGUGUUACAAAGAGGAAAGGGGAGGUUCACUUUGAUUCGAAGUUCACUAAACCUUUCCGAUUUUUCCUUGGCUUUUAAAUUACUUCUUUGUUGAUGUUGCCUUUGCUCCUAGCUUUCUAGGAUUAUUAUGUUGAUUGGGGAGGUCUUCUGUGAGCGUAUUUGGUUCCUUAUGUUUUGGGAUCCAAAUUGUUGAUUUGUGAGAUUUUUGUUCUUGAUUUUGUGGUAUCCCGAGUUUGUGGAUAUGCACUUUGAUUGUAUUUGUGAUGCAUUGUACUAUGCUAUUUUUCUGGAUAUAUAUAUUUACAUUUUAUCCAAAAAAAAAAA